AGUUCCGAAAAUGAUUAUUACGUUGUCGUUUGUUCUUUGUUUAGUGACUAGUAAUAUUGGUCACACGGUUGAUGGUAUGUAUAGUAUGUGGAAAGAAGAUUUUGAGUUGGAGAGAAAGCUAAAGCUCAUUAACAAGUCUCCUGGGAAGAGUAUUCAUACAAAGUCAGGAUACAUAGUUGAUUGUGUUAAUAUUAACAAACAACCAGCUUUUGAUCAUCCUUUUCUAAAGAACCAUAAAUUACAGCGUAAACCAAGUAGUGAAAGAAACAUUAGUGAAACAAAUGUCCAUAUUUCACCAACCAAAUCCAAUUUCGAGAUUGAGAAAGUUAGAUGUCCAAAAGGAACAGUCCCUAUUCGGAGGGUAACCAAAGAUGAUCUCAUCAGAGGCAUAUCUUUAUUCAAUGAUCAUAUUCUAGCUCAAACUAAUUUUCAUAGACAUUCUACUCAUAUUUCUCUUAUAAAAUGGCGUGCUCCUUACUUUGGAGUUAGUGGAACAACUAGCGUUUAUAAUCCAAAAGUUUUUAAGGGCCAAUCAAGUUCAAGUCAUAUAUAUGUUCAAAAUGGCCAGGGAGAUAGUAUUAAUAAAAUCGUUGCUGGAUGGCAUGUAUCUCCUCAACUAUACAAUAAUGAUGCAACUCAUAUCUACUCAUAUUGGACACCUGAUAAUUUCAAGACUGGAUGCUACAAUAUAUUGUGCAGUGGUUUCGUUCAGAUCGACCAUUCAUAUUACCUCGGUGCACGUGUCGCACAAACAUCUUCUUAUGGCGGAAUUAUGGUUGAGUUGCCAAUAUCUCUUUUUCAGGACCAAAAAACCAAAAAUUGGUGGUUAACUGUGGCAAAUAAAAAUAUUGGAUAUUUUCCGGCAUCCUUAUUCUCCAACCUGGCCAUAGCUGAUCAAGUAGGAUUAGGUGGAUUAACAGUAACUCCGGUCGGUGCUCCUAGUCCUUCAAUGGGAUCAGGACACUUUCCAGAUGAGAAUUUUUCUCAUGCCGGUUAUUUUAGGAAUGUUGAAUUUCAGAAUGUAUCUAGACAAUUUAAUGGAGUUCCUGAACAUUUUAUAGAAAAAUUCAAUGAUGCUCCUACGAAAUGCUAUCAAAUUCUUUAUCGUGACGUUUACCCUAGGCCAAUUGCUUGUGCUCUUCAAUUUGGAGGACCUGGUGGUGAUUGUGACAAUUAGUUGUUGUGAACAAGUUUUUGUUGUAUGUAGUAUCUUAAUAAAUAAAAUAAUAUUAUGAUCUUUGUCGAA